ACUGAUCGGGUGGCUCUGCAUUUCGUAAAAGCAGACCCAAAACCCUACUUGAACCCUUCUCACGUCACUCUCACUCUCUCCUCCGCACAAACAUCACAACUAUGUCUUUGGGAAUUCUUCGAUCGCGAGCCAUUUCUUUCGCAUCGAAGCGAUUCCUCUGCACCAAUGCGGCUUCCGCUUCCGCUCCUCUUCCUUCUCCUCCUUCCGCCUCCUCCACUAACCGCUGGAACUUCCUCAAAUACGCCGUCGUUGGUGCACUCACCGGAGCCACCGCCUAUACCGGUUACGCUUCUUACGCCUACAGUUUGGACGAAAUAGAUGAGAAAACGAAGUCUUUCCGUGAAUCGGUCAAGUACACUGCAGGUGAUGGAGCCACUGCUCUCGACAAAUUUCAAGGAUUGCUAUACUCAACUGCAAUGACAGUUCCUGCUAAAGCUGUAGAACUUUAUUUGGAUGCAAGAAGGCUAAUUGAAGAACAAGUUAGGAGUUAUACCGAACCGUACACAGACAAGCUCCUUCCUGAUUUGCUUCCUCAGGAGCGUCAUGUGUUUACACUUGUUCUAGAUCUCAAUGAGACAUUGAUCCACUAUAUUUGGACUCGAGAUACAGGGUGGCAGACUUUUAAAAGACCUGGAGUUGAUGCUUUCUUGGAGCAUCUAGCUCAAUUCUAUGAAAUUGUGGUGUAUACAGAUGAACAAACCAUGUUUGUAGACCCUGUUAUUGAGAGGCUGGAUACCAAGCAUUGCAUUAGAAAUAGGCUAUCAAGGCCAGCUACUAAGUAUCAGGAUGGGAAACACUACAGAGACCUUUCAAAACUAAACAGAGAUCCAGCAAAAGUUCUUUAUUUUAGUGGCCAUGCUUUGGAAAGUUGCCUUCAACCUGAGAACUGUGUUCCUGUUAAGCCAUGGCAGCAGAAUGAUAAAGAUGACACCUCUCUUUUGGAUUUUAUACCAUUUCUUGAGUUUGUUGCCCGUAGCAGUCCAGCUGAUAUAAGACCAGUGCUAGCGUCUUACCAAGGAUGUGAUAUUCCAACUGAAUUCAUCAAGCGUUCCAAAGAUUAUCAGAGGAGAAUGCAAGAACAGAGGCAUCGGGGUCGCUUCUGGUGAAAUUGAUCCAAGAAUAACACUGAAUUGAAUAAAAAAUGUUCUUCUUGGUGACUAGGAAAUGGGAUUGUCAACUUCAUUGCAAGUUGAUUGGUGAAUUCGUCAAAGACUUUGAAGUCAGUGCAAGUUGAUGAGUGAUUACAUCAAAUAUAGAAAAUGUGGAUUUUGUUUUACGUGAGUGUUGAACCCCAACUUUUGAACCAUCAAUUUUAUUUUAUUUUUGCCUAUAUUUCUGUUGUUGGAAAGCACCUAUUAGUUGUAGAGGAUGAAUUUCUUUUUCGUCUGAUAGAAGAAUGAGUUCUUUAUGCCAGAUGUUUCUUGCUAGGUGAAUAUCUGCCCAGAAGUGGCUAUGGAUGAGUUUGGCCAUCUCAGUUGCACAGAUUAUCCAACUGACAUAAUAAAAGAUUUUACUUAGAUUUGGUUAUAAUUGAUUUUCUUUUAUAUACUUGAUCUAGUUAUAGCGUUUAUCAGAAGUGAAUAUAAAAAGAAAAUCAAUUAUAACUCGUAAAAUCUUUUAUUAUGUCAGUUGUAUAAUCUGUGCAACUGAGAUGGCUAAAUUCAUCCAUAGCCACUUCUGGGCAGCGAUUCACCUAGCAAGAAACAUCUGGCAUAAAGAACUCAUUCUUCUACCAGACGAAAAAGAAAUUCAUCCUCUACAACUAAUAGGUGCUCUUUCCAACAAAAUAAAUACAGGGAAGAUUGAUUUUUUUAUACAACCUCCAAUGCAUGAAGUGAUGACUUGUAUAGCAUGUUUGGAAUUAUUAUCUUCCCAGAAAUAAUUAUUCUUUUUCAAAAUUGUCUCAAAAACUGUAAAAGAAAUGGGGUUCUUUCAGCUCAAAAUAAAUGUACUUAAACACCUUUUUAGUUAUAAAGUAUAUAUUGUUAUGAUUA